CCGGGGCUGGGAUGACCGCAGGCGCCGCCACCGACAGCCGGGUAGUAGCAACUGAGGAAGGCUUGGAGAUCUGGCCAUUUGUCGUGUCUGCACCAGGAGCCUUGAGAAGAGGAAAUGAUGUCUGAAACCAAGCUGCAGGGAGAGAUGAAGCCGGACGGAAGCAGCAGUGAGCUGUUGACCACCCAGGAGCUGCUGCAGAGACUCCGGGAGCUGGAGGCGGAGAAUUCAGCUUUGGCCCAAGCCAAUGAGAACCAGCGAGAAACCUAUGAACGCUGCUUGGAUGAGGUAGCCAAUCACGUGGUGCAGGCAUUGUUAAACCAAAAGGACCUUCGUGAGGAAUGCAUCAAGCUGAAAAAGCGGGUCUUUGACCUGGAGCGGCAAAAUCAGGCAUUGAGUGAUCUCUUCCACCAGAAACUGACCUCUGGCUCACUGUCCCAGCUUCCUCCCCAUCCUGCUGCUUUGCUAUCGGAUCCCAAGUCCAGUUCCCAGCCAGGCAUGGUCGAUAAACUCCAGGGCUCCCUUCCCUUGGGUCGCUGCAUUUUGCAGAGCGAGGCAAUCUCUGUGGAGCAGUGUGUCGGCACCCCAGGGCCCAAUUCCCAAGCCUUGGAGGCUCUGUCCCCAUUCCUGCGAAAGAAGGCCCAAAUCCUGGAGGUACUCCGUUCCCUGGAAGAAAUGGACCCCCUGCUUUCUCUUCCUGCACCGUGGAGAGACCCUGGGCAGCCUGGUUCCCCAGAAGACGUGGCUGCUGAAGCCUGGCCGUGUCUGCUGCUGGCCCAAGGAGCGAGUGUGCCUGGGCCACCUCCGUCCAAGGGAGAGGGCAGCUCUUCCUCCUCCUCAGAUGAGGCUGGCGAAUCGGAUCCCCCAGAGAAAGGGCACUCUGGCCAGGUGCUGCUGAGCACUCUAGCUGAACACAAGUUGGACUUGGGGGACGUGGAAACUUACCUGCAGCAUGUCCUUCGAGAGGCAGGAGAGAAUGCCCUCCUUAACGGGGAGCCCAAUGGACCCUGCAGGAUGGAAGGCUCUGGGGUCCAGGUUGGUAACUACAAGCACAUCCAGGCGGUCAGCUGCCUGGAAGCCUUCGGGUCCCCUUCCGCCUGCAGGGAGCCCAGCUGCCUUGGUGUCUUAGCCCCAGGAGAGGGCAAGGACAAGGCGUGGCCUGGCCCUCCCAUCCCCUCCCCCUCCAAGGUGCUCAAGUUGCUGAAAAUGCCGCCGCCGCCCAGCCCUGCUGCCCUGCGCCUCAGUCCCCAGCUUACUCGCAGUUCCAAAAUCCCCUGUCGUAGCAAUACAUACGAGGUGUACCACUCUCCCUCACCCAGCCGCAAGGUUUCCCCCGAGAAUCCCUUCCCCACUGACCCCGGUGUCACUGCGGGGCAUCCCUCCCCCAAGGCUGGUCGGCACCUUGUCCCUGUGCCGCCCAAAGUCACGCCAACCUCCCCAGAUCCGUUCGGCUACCACAAGCCCCACGAGUAUGAGAACAUCUUAGAGCUGUCCCUCAGCAGUGCUGCGGGCCCUCAUUCUCACUCGCCACGAGGUGGCAAGCUGGAUACGUCUGAGGCACAUCCGCCCACCUGCCGCUCAGCCCCUCUCCGGACAGUGCCCCCCAGCGAGGGUUUGCUGGAGCCCAGCCCGUUUGCGAGUGGACGGGAGAAGCCAGGGGCGGAGGGGCGGAGUUCUCCACCUCUCGCUCGCCGAAACACGGACGGCUCCAAGAAGGUUGUGAACGGCCCCAGCAAGCGGGUGCCUGAGGUGGCCAACAUGCCCUUCAAGGAACGACUCACUGUGCUCGGGAGGCUGAAGGUGGCUGAGGGAAAGGAGCAGGCAAACGUCGAGAAGGGGAGGGCCCCAACCCGCCCCUGUGAGCGUUUGGAGGGCUUUGCUGAAGCCCACCCCAGGCUGAGCACAGGGAGCAGCAGCCUCAAGCACCAAGAGCCUUGCCACGGUGGGGAACCAGCGCCUCGGUGCUACUCUUCUCACUCUGUGGGCUCCCGUGGGAGUGACCCUGAGCACCAUGGCUCCAAAAACCGUCAGUUGGGGAUGCCCGCCACGAGGAACUCGGCCAAGGCCCCCCCACCAGCAAAGACUGUGAAGAGCCCUCAUGGGAGCCCUACUAAGUUACCUUCCAAAUCUCCUACCAAGGCUUCUGUGCAGGAGCCCAAGGCCUGCCUGCCGCCGGCCAAACCACCUGCCACCAGUGUGGGGCGCAAGAACCCCCCUUGCCUGGACUCUGCCAAGGCCAAGCCUGGACUUCCAGCCAGCAUCGAAGAAAAGGUGAUGAAGGGUAUCGAAGAAAACGUUCUGCGGCGGCACAAAGGGGGGGCGGCAGCUGCUGAGGCAAAGCAGAAGAACUCGAGCGGCCUAGCCAGCUGGUUUGGCCUGCGGAAGAGCAAGCUGCCUGCCCUCAGUCGGAGGCCGGAGCCCCCCAAAGUCAAGGAGGGCAAGCUGGUCUCUCGUAGGCUGGAAGCGGAGAGCCUUAACAUUUCCAAGCUUAUGGAGAAGGCGGAGGACCUACGCAAGGCCCUGGAAGAGGAGAAGGCUUACAUCAAUGGGCUGGCCUUGGACAAGCCCCGCCCGCACACGUGCGACGCUGGCCACAGCCAGCUCACCCUCAUGUACCAGGAGGUGACUGCUGAGAACUUCAUGCAGCAGCUGCUCAACAGGGUGGAUGGGAAAGACACACCAUUUGAAGGUCACCUGGAGCCGAAGAAUGAGCUGCCCGGCCUGCAGAGGGGCUUGCAUGACACCAAAGACCCCCGGCUGGUCCGACCUCCACGCAACGGCAUCAUUGGGCACCUCCAUGCCUGCCCGGAGCCCCCUCCGAAGGAUGCAACUUUGCAAGAAGAGAUGCCCUCUGAUGACAGCUUAGCUGAAUCGGUGACCUCCCAGCACUUUGCAGUGUGUAGCUCCUUGACGCGGACCCUGGACAGCGGCAUCGGCACUUUCCCACCCCCCGAUUACUGUAGCGGGAUGCCCAGUAAGAGUGUGCCUAAGUUGAGACCCCGGCUCGACCCUCAGCCAACUGGCCCUUUCCCGGUUCGGGGCCCGCCUCCGGUCACCAGGGUGCCCCGCAAAGCCCGGACGCUGGAGAGGGAAGUUCCCAGUGCAGAGGAUCUGCUGGGGCCCAGCAAGCACCAAAGCAUGCCAGCUUUCCACGGGGUCUUGACCAGUGCUGAGCCAUCCUCUGGGCAUCGCGAUCACAGGGGCUGCCCCGAAGGAGUCCCGCUGGAUCUCUGUGGUGCUCCCAGCAAGCCCCACCACACCCAGCACAGCAAGAACUGGACUUUCCCCAAUGCCAAAGCGUCUGCUGGCACGGACCCAUUUCUCUGCUCCUCUCACAGGGUGGAGGGGCUUCACGGGUCUGCCAUGGGUUCAGCUGGCAGUGUGGUCGAGAGGAGACGAGCCUCAUCGGAUGGGCCUCAGGCUUCGCCGGCCUUCAGCACCAGCAGCAGCCGCACUCCCAGCGCUUCCGAUGUGGGCGAAGAGGGCAGCACAGAGGCCCAUUCCAGAGAGAUGGGUCCAGAAGGCCAGCCGGGCCUAGAGAACUCUGAGUCCCUCAGUGACUCUCUAUAUGACAGCUUGUCCUCGUGCGGCAGCCAGGGCUGAUCACGGCUGGGAAUGGGCCCAGUUUGGGGCACUGGCUGGCGGCGCCGCCUGCUCCUGCUUGGUGCUUCAAAAGGCCCCGCUCUCCCUGCAGAGGAUCCUGCUCGAGUCUCCCAAACCAAACCUUGGCCCUGCACCAGAAUACAAUGCGUCUUCCACACCCAGCACUCCUGCCUGGCCCCAAGCAGGGGAUUGGAUCAACCAGGGCACCUGGAGACUUUGUCGAGAGAAGAGGUGAAGGUCAGAGGAGAUGGGAGUGGGUGGGACAGGAGCUGGCCCCGGGGGUUUGCUCCGACCGAGCUGAAUUGGACCUGCUUAGCUUCAGAUCCUGUACAGCUCCCUGAAGCACCAAAAUCUCCCAGGUACACAAAUAGGAAACC